AGGGGAGCUUCCAAUCCAGUGGUCUAUCCUGUGACUAUGGUCCUUACCUUGUCACUACCACUAAAGGGCGCUAUAGCAUGUAGUCAGGACCAGUUAGUGCGUGGUCGGGCAGCGCAGUCCUUGUCGACCUUCUCCUCAUUCUGGAUGUGUGAACAAUGCUGUAAACAAAAAAAACACCAGCUAUCAUCAUUCAUAGUAUCUCUUUCAUUGUUGCUGUUAGUUUAAUAGUAAUUUAUGUAUAGCUGCAUCAACCUACACAUAUAUAAGGCACAUUAGUUCACAUCAUUAUGUACUCAAUAUGUCCAGUAUGUGAACUGUCUGUCAGUUGUUUGGACUACAGCCUGUAUGCCGUUUGAAAUUCCAGGAUCAGAAUCUCCUUAGCUUUUACAGAGACUUUUGAAGGAGUGCCUCACAGUAAAAAGUCAUUUUAAAGAGGUGUGCUAUAUGAAACAAUCCUGCACUCACACAGACUAACAAGUAUCUUUCUCAUACUCUCCUUGAUUUAUAGCAAAUAAAAAACGCAGUUGCAACCUGUCUGUCGAAACACAGCCUUUAUUAGGCCAGACGCCAGGUGUCAUAUUUAAAGAAAAGUACGUUGUAAUUUAUGAUUUGUUUUCGACAUUGUUUCGCGACAUAUAAACCACUACAUUAAAAAAGGAGGGGCGUUUUCAGCUUCCAGAGAAACAUCUGCAUUAUUGAGUAUGGUUUUAUAACAGAGUUUUCUUGGACUCAAAGUGUAUUCAGAUUUGUCUGGUGCCGUGAACACCUGAAGUCCAAACUCUAAGCCCCUUACUAUGAGCCUCUACCUAUGUACACUGAAAAAAAGAGAAAGUCACAGGGGACACAGACCAAAAGGAGCAUCACUAGCCAUCUUUAAGGUAUUCUUUUCCAUCGGUAAUCAUUAAAGUUAUAAAACAUCUCUGCUCUUGAUCAUGUGAAGGGGCAGAUUCAGACUUUUAAGACUUGGCUGGCCCAGCUUGAGCACUGACUGAUACAAGAGUGACUAAAAGUAUGUGUGUGCAAACGCCUAAAGAGAGAGCAUUUACCUUUUUUAAACCUCCACUUGUCAUACUUUACUUUACCUGCUUACAAUACAAUGACCCGUCUAAACUUCAAACAGCAACACAACAUGUUUUUUUUUCCAUGGACUGAGAACGGCAUAUAUUGAAAAAUAGAGUUUAAAAAUUAUUAAAGGUAAAAGCACAGCCUUAACAAUUAAAAUAUAUCGAAGUCCCACCUUUGACAAGGGAAAUCACCAGUUGUUACACUUGAUCCUCCAUUGAUGGCCAAUUGGAUUUCAAGGGUGGCCCAGACCUGCCCCGUUCACCCCUCUUUACCAACCCCCUUUCUCCAGCCUCCUCUUGAACCUGAUAUAGUUGUGGGAGCAGCUACUUCACUUUCAUCACUUGCUGUUGAAGCUCAAUUGCUGGCAGUGAUGGAAAACUUUGGAAAAGCUCUGGCUGCCGCCCUCACAUUGGGAUUUUUCUCCAUGGUAUUUGUGCUACGAUGGGUUCUCCGCUACAGAGAGGGUUUGUCCUGGGAAGGAGGUGCAGCCUUGUUCAACUGGCACCCGGUGCUAAUUGUCUCUGGCUUCAUUUUCUUGACUGGACUGGGUAAGGGAAGUCUUUUUCUUUAAAGACAUAUUAUCCAUACAAAAAGCAGCAGCUAAGAAAGCUAAGUUAAACAAGCUCAGUUUUCUCUUUGAGCAUAGCUGGAGAUGACUGUUUCGUUAGAGUAUAUGCAUGAAAACAUGUAAUUCACAAAAACAGAUGAGGAAGGAAAAUAGUUUCCUCAAUGCAAAAAUGCAAAUGCGUUAUAAACUUAUAAAGAUUCAGUUGAAUGACCUGAAAUAACCUUCUUUUGCAGCCAUCACUAUCUACAGACUCCCCUGGACUGGGAAAGCCAACUACGAAACGAUGAAGUACAUCCAUGGAGCCUUACACACCAUGGCCUUCACUUAUGCUUCUUUCGCUAUGAUGGCAGCUUUUGGCUCUCAAAGUGCGGCAGAUUUUCCUAACAUGUUCAGUCUGCACAGCUGGCUGGGCUUGACAACCUUCUCUUCCUUUGGUCUACUGGUAAUUAAACUACUUAAUUACUCCUUGUAGAAGAGGGUGUAGGAUUGGCCUCUGGCUUUGUUGCUUCCACCCAUAUUUAUAACACGUAAUUAAGAGUGUAGGACAUAUGCCACUGUACUGCAACCACUUCCACAGUGUCAGAGUGAUACAAUGUUUAAUUAAUAAAUGUUUUUUUCUCCUUUAAUGAGCAGCUCUUGGUGUCAGCCUGCAUCUUCCUGUUGCCGUUUACACCACUGUCCUGGAAAACAGCAUGCAUGCCCAUCCAUGGAUUUGUCGGGCGCUUCCUCUUCGGUUCUACUAUCACUGUAGCUCUUACUGGCAUCACUGAGAAACUCAUCUUUGGCUUGUAAGUGUGACGAAAAGAAAAUAUGCCUCUAUCUGAAUUAGAAUUUUAAUCAUAAUGCAUGUGGGAACAGUGAGCACACUACCUCGCAAUUGAUAUUCUCUCCGUCCUGCAGGAGUGACCCUAAGUACACAGACUCCCCCUCAGAGGCAUUGUUUGCAAAUGUGAUGGGAAUGCUCCUUGUGGGGUACGGAGCGGCAAUCCUCUGGAUCUCCACUCGACCGGCUUGGAAACGCACCAGUGAAUUCACUCUACCUGGAGGAGUCGAGGACAAAGUAAAGUGACGUGAUGAUCACAUGAAUAAAUCCACUUUUGCUGAUCUUUACAAACAUAACACUUAAUGCAUUAAGUUUUUCAUGACAUCUGCAGCCUUCACCUUGUUUCCUUGUAACAUUUAGUGUGCGAAGUGCAUAAAAAUUUCAUGAGCUGUUUAGUAUCAGGUUGAAGUGAUGGUGUUUUUGUGGGUACAGGUGACCGUGUUGGUGUACACUGGGCCAUAUAAAGAUGGAGGUGACAGUGGUGCUAUACAGAAUAUUUUAGAAAAUAAUGGUGUUGGUAGUGACCGUAUCGAGAUGUAGCUUAUGAUGCUGGCAGACACUUUGGUUACAAGCUGUACAGUCUGACUUUCUUAUUUGUAAUCCAUCUAUGUUCACACUUCUUGCACUCCUUAUUAAAAGCUAUUUCCAGAAACUUACUGCUAUUAAUAAAACAUCUGAAACUUCUGAAUCAAGUUGUUUACUCUCUCAUUACUCUUUCUUUCAUCUUACCACUGUCUGUAACCAUAAUCUGUUGAAAUCAUCCAGCCCUUUUAAAGUUUUUAAGUACAGGUAACUGAAUCUGUUUGGCCUAGUCUGCUUGUUGUAUUUAACUGUUUCUGUCACUCUUCCAUAAAUACAGACCAGUUUCCAAAUCAUUGUUUACUUCCAAAAGUUUUUAGAAAAUAGUGUCCACUCACUUUUAAGCAGCACCGGCACUGAGACGUGAAAUGGGAGUUUCUAUAAUCAAGCCAGGUGACUGUGGAAAAAGCAUUUUGUGAUAAAAACGACACCAAGGUUUUUGACAUUUGUCUUCAAAGAGUUAGAGAGGGAAGUAGUAGUAUUGUCUCGGACAGUUGUAUAUGCUUUUAUUUGGUCUUUUUAAACAUCUUGAUCAAACUUCCCGGGACAGACUACAGAACUAAGCUGCAGGCUUUUAUGAAAUAUUAAGAACUUUGAACACAUUGCACCUGUUUUCGCACUUUGAUACUGACUGUCAGUGACUCUAACCCAAAAAUUUGUUUGAGUGACAACGGUUAGCAAGCAAUAAACUGGAAUUUCAUGUUGCUUUAUGCUGUACAAUUACUGUAACUACCAUUUAAGCAAACUACAGAUUAAUCAGGCUGGUACAGGUUCAUACAGGCCAGUAAGGUAGCUGUUAAACUCAAAUUUCUCUGUGUGAUGAUAAACUAAACCAUUCAGAUAAAUGUAGAUUAUCACCAUCCUGUAAAAGUGUAACACCCACUCUGAUAAUACAGUGAUAGCUCACAGCAUAACUUUAACACAGGUUUAAGUCAUUCUGUGUAACUUUCUUGCAGUAAAAUGAGCCAUAAAAGUUUCAAAACUCUUUUUUAUUUUUGUUUACCAAAUGCAGCUUGAAUUUCAACACACAUAUCAACUCCUCUGUGAUUUAUCAGCAUCAGCAUCACACCAUGACUAAAUGACAACCAUGCUGAUGGUGAGUAACCUUAUCAAUCCCUCUCUUGUCAUGCUUAAGAAGCAGUGUUUGUAUUAUGAAUGCUCAAUCACAUUAUGUUCUGAAAGGAUUAUUAAGGAAGUAAAUUAAAUAUAAAGGUUUUUUCAAAUUAAAAUAAACUGAUUUAAUGGUUAAAAUUGAAUAAAUUCCUUUCCAUCGAAUAAAAGCCUGUGGAAAUCUGUAGAAUCAUCCGGCGCUUUGCUGAUCCUUUCUUUGUGUUUUGGUUAUUAAACUGAAUUCCAAGUCAUGAACCAUGAUAGCAGAAGUUAGACUGACAUCUAAUGGUAGAAUAGCCAAGAUUAAGUAUGCAGGCUAAAAAAAUGAAGAAUUACUGCCGGCAAAUGUGAAAUUCAGUCAAAGCCCAAAAGAUUAAACUUCUAAGUCUUUAAUUAACCCAUGAUUUAUCUUUUUUUUCUUACAGCUUUUGCCACCGAAGGUUUUUUUUUUUGGAGUCAGAAACACAUCCUGCUGGAUCCCACUUUGUGCAUUCACCUCUGUCAUGCCCUUGCCAAUUUGUAGUCUUCCAUCCGUCCAUCAGUCGCCCUUGCUCAGUUUUUCUGUCAUUGCUGUCCUGCUCACUAUCUCUGGUGCCGACUCUUGUUUGCUUAUGUAACAUUUCCCCUGUUGUGCUUGUCAUCUUUUAGUUCAGUUUGUGUCCUUUUGGAUGUGAUGUGAUCCUGUCCUUUGCUGUUGCUAUGAAGACCCGGGUACUUUUAAAAAAAAUCCUAUUAGAGAGGGC